AUGGAGACCUUAUGCAGAAUGCACGUCCAGGAAGGUACUGUGUUUCAGUUGGUAUGCCCUGAUACCAAGUGCAAUGCUUCAAUUCCACCAUAUGUGUUGAAGAGGCUUCUUACGGGAGAAGAAUUUGAACGUUGGGAUAGGCUUGUUCUUAAGAAAGCAUUGGACUCGAUGUCAGAUGCGGUUUACUGUCCAAGAUGUGGGAUUGGUUGCUUGGAAGAUGAGAGUAACAAUUCACAAUGCCCAAAAUGUUCCUUUAUCUUUUGCUCGUUAUGUAAGGAACCAUGCCAUCCUGGGAAGCAGUGCAUAACUCCAGAAGACAUGAUCAAAAGACAGCAGGCAUCAGGCAGGAUGUCAGAGAAGGAUAUGACGCGGGAACUGCUCACCAUCAGAAAAAUGUUCAAUGAUAUUCAACUAUGUCCAAAAUGCCGAAUGCCUAUCGUCAAAACAGAAGGGUGCAACAAGAUGUCGUGUGGCAACUGUGGUCAGUUGCUCUGCUUCCGCUGCGGCAGGGCGAUCGAUGGCUAUGACCAUUUCUGGAACGGCAGCUGUGUGCUCUUUGAGCUACGUCAGUAUAGCGAUGUAACGCCAUUCGAGAGGCAUAUGGAAGAAGUUCAAAUUGACCGCCGGGUUAAAGUUCAACUGAGCCCAAUCGGUAGUACUAUCAGAUGCCCUAAAUGUCGCCAGAGAAAUUUCAAGGACAACGAGGAAUACAUUUUCUGCUGGGCGUGCCGGAUCCACUACUGCUCAUUGUGCAGGAUGAGGGUUGAGGACAAAUACAUGAAGUCAGGGCACUACCGGUCGUCAGAGUGUGUGGGGCUUGGAAACUUCUAG